UCCAGUUGCUUUUGGUAGCAAAGGUUAUAUAGUACUGAAGCUAGCUACUAACAGCAAUAUAGUUAGAAAUUUUCCAAUGAUUUGGAUAGCAAUUUCUAUAGUUUCUCUUACUUACUUGUGUCUAUGGAUACUGAUGAAAGAGAGAAACAGAUUACCGCCCGGUCCAAAGGGGUUGCCAAUUUUGGGGAGCCUUCACAAGUUGGGGGCAAAUCCUUAUCGUGAUUUGCACCAUCUAGCCCAAAAAUAUGGACCUGUCAUGUAUUUGCGCUUAGGUUUUAUGCCCACAAUUGUUGUUUCUUCAUCACAGGCUGCUGAACUAUUCCUCAAAACCCAUGACCUUGUCUAUUCUAGUAGACCACAACAUCAAGCAGCAAAGUACGUUCUUUGGGAUCAAAAGGACUUGGGUUUUGCUGAAUAUGGUUCUUACUGGCGCAACAUGCGUAAAAUGUGCACACUAGAAUUGCUGAGCCAAACCAAAGUAAACUCCUACAGAAGCGUGAGGGGAGAGGAACUCAGUACAUUGAUCAAGCUUCUGAAAGAGGCAGCCAAUGAUGGAGUUGCUGUUGAUGUCAGUUCCAAGGUUGUAGCACUCAAUGCAGACAUAUCUUGUAGAAUUGUUUUCGGAAAGAGGUACACGGACCAGGACUUGGGUGAGAAGGGUUUCAAGGCUGUCAUGCAAGAGCUAAUGCACUUACUCGCAACUCCUAACAUAGGUGAUUACAUUCCUUAUAUUGGUGUACUUGACCUUCAAGGACUAGUCAAGCGUAUGAAGGCACUUCGCAAAACAUUUGAUGUCUUCUUUGACAAAAUUAUUGAUGAGCAUAUUCGAUCAGAAAAGGGAGGAGACAAGGUGAAAGAUUUUGUUGAUGUCAUGUUGAGCUUUCUUGGUAGUGAGGAAUCUGAGUAUCGCAUUGAACGAUCCAAUAUCAAAGCCUUAAUGCUGGAUAUGUUGACUGGCUCAUUGGAUACUUCAGCUACAUCAAUAGAAUGGACACUUUCAGAACUCCUUAGGAAUCCAAGGGUGAUGAAGAAAGUCCAGAUGGAGUUGGAAACUGUGGUGGGUAUGAAGAGGAAGGUGGAGGAAUCAGACUUGGACAAGUUGGAGUAUUUGAAUAUGGUUAUAAAGGAAAGCAUGAGGCUCCAUCCAGUGGCACCGUUAAUACCACGCUAUUCAAGGGAAGAUUGCAUGGUUGGAGAUUUUUUCAUUCCCAAAGAUUCAAGGGUCUUCAUAAAUGCAUGGUCAAUUAUGAGAGACCCAAGUGUUUGGGAUGAGGCAGAGAAAUUCUGGCCAGAGCGAUUUGAGGGAAGCAAAAUUGAUUUGAAAGGACAUGACUUUGAGUUGAUACCAUUUGGAGCCGGCAGAAGGGGAUGUCCAGGAUUACAACUGGGCCUGACUAUGGUUCUUCAAACAGUGGCACAACUGGUGCAUUGUUUUGAUUGGAAGCUGCCAAAUGAUAUAUUGCCAUCUGAUUUGGACAUGACAGAGAAAUUUGGUCUUGUAAUGCCUAGGGUCAAUCAUCUACUUGCAAUUCCAUCAUACCGCCUUCACGAUCAAAGUGUUUAGGAAAAAAAAAAUGGGACAGCAAUUUAUGUUAUGUUUACUGGGAUCUACUUGAAUAAAUUCCCAGGAAAAUAAAUUAGUCUCUCUUUCUUAUAAGGAGAAAAAAUAAUGGUGGGUCGUUGUAUUUUAUGUUAGGUACGUACUGUUGAUGUGGAUUUAAAUACAUUUCAAAGGAGAAUAAAUUACCGUCUCUCUUUCUUAUCAUCA